UCCAAACGAUGCUACCGUCGGCCCCACCACCUCCACUUCUACUGUCAUCAUGUGAUAUUCUGAAGUGUAGCCUACUGUCCGCUUGCUGAGGAAAACAGCUUUGGCCAAUCGGAAUUGGGCCCAAGCAGACGGCUGCAAGGUGAUUGGGCGAGCCAUGUUUCUUUCGGCCGGAGGAGUGUGUACUUCGGAGUGUGGAUGGGAGGGGCUUGUGCUCUACAUCUGACGGCGAUGAACUGGGAUCGGCAUGACGUCACUGGUCCCCUGUGCUCCGCCAGUCAGUAAGCGCAGGGAUGCUCUGAACGUAAGACUGCAGCAUCUUCUACAACGAGGCCACAAAAUUGCAUCUCCUUCUAUAUUCUUAAACUGCAUUUCUUCCUUCCGGACCUUCCUGACGAAACCAACCCCUUACCCACGAAAAUCGAACUGCACGGCAGCUCAUGCACGAACCGAAGACCUGCUUGAGCACAAUAUUUUUUUGUUUUGGCACCUUCCUUUCCCCUUUAUUUAUUUAGAUUGUUUGCCAUGACCAUUUGUGUGUUUUGAAUUCCUUGUUUUGCUGUCAGCGUCUACGAGGACGUCAUCGCACCGUAGGGAGGAAUAGCAACCGUGCAACGCAUUUCAAAAGAAGGAACAAUUGUGACCGACACCUUACAUAUCCGGGGAACUGAAGAGAACGCAUCGGUUCAUUGGAUUUGUAUUGAUGUGACGUUUCUCUGCACUAUCGCUUUUCUCGAGAGAAGGUUGGGACAAACAGCCACAGAUUUCGCCGUUGCUUAUCCUCUCCGUGCCGCCUGAAAAAGGGAGGAUAACAAACGCAUCCGGAGGUCCUCGAACGGAAGAGAGCGCAUUUGUUGAAUAUUUAGAAAAUACAUAUCGGUAAAAUAACCCUAUCACGCACAGCCACACGCUUUGAUACGUUGCGUAAACGGAUAGCCUAAAAGCGGUUUCAUCCACAUAGUAUGAAAAUGAUGGCCGGCGGGGCAGUGCAGCAAAACGGGAUUUUUUCCAAUCCGCACCAUCACAGUCAACAGCCUCACAUGGAGUCGGAUCCCCCUGAUUCUCGCAAGAGACCUCUGGAGACGCCGACCGAGGCCAGCAGCACCAAACGCACAAACACUGGAGGUAGUGUGAGUGGACCAUAUUCCCAACUGUGUCAAAGCGUCUCUUUCUCUGAGGACCACUGCGAUAACCUGAUUCUCACACGCUCUCCGACAGGCUGGCUUGAGGAGGGAGAGUACUUCCUGAAGGUGUUGAUCCCCAGCUACGCCGCGGGCUCCAUCAUUGGCAAAGGAGGCCAGACCAUUGUCCAGCUCCAGAAAGAAACUGGCGCCACCAUCAAAUUGUCAAAAUCCAAAGAUUUCUACCCAGGAACGACGGAGCGGGUGUGCUUGAUCCAGGGCACUGUGGAGGCGCUGAACUCCGUCCACAACUUCAUCGCCGAGAAGGUCCGCGAGAUGCCCCAGAGCGCUCAGAAGACCGAGCCGGUCAGCAUACUGCAGCCCCAGACCACCGUCAACCCCGACCGCGUCAAACAGGCUAAGCUCAUCGUCCCCAACAGCACGGCAGGCCUGAUCAUCGGUAAGGGUGGCGCCACGGUCAAGGCCGUGAUGGAGCAGUCCGGUGCCUGGGUGCAGCUCUCGCAGAAGCCCGAGGGCAUCAACCUGCAGGAGCGCGUGGUGACCAUCAGCGGCGAGCCCGAACAGAACCGCAAAGCGGUGGAGAUCAUCGUCCAGAAGAUCCAGGAGGACCCCCAGAGCAGCAGCUGCCUCAACAUCAGCUACUCCAACAUCACAGGCCCCGUGGCCAACUCCAACCCCACCGGCUCUCCCUACGCCAACUCCACCGAGGUCAUGCCCGCCGCCGCGGCCGCUGCGGCAGCCACCGCCUCCAGCCUCCUGGGCCAGGCGAGCCUCGCUGGGGUGGGCGCCUUCCCCACGGCCAUGUCCAGCUUCUCAGGUAACGACCUGCUGGCCAUCACCUCGGCGCUCAACACGUUAGCCAGCUACGGCUACAACACCAACUCGCUGGGCCUGGGGCUCAACCCGGCCGCCGCCUCCGGCGUGCUAGCCGCCGUGGCCGCCAGCGCUAACCCCGCCGCGGCGGCCGCCGCCAACCUGCUGGCGUCGUACGCCAGCGACGCGUCCACGAGCGCCGGGCACCCGGCCGCCACGCUGGGCGGCUUCACGCUGGGAUCGCUGGCCGCGGCCACCGGCGCCACCAACGGCUACCUGAGCGCCGCCUCCCCGCUGGUCGCCAGCUCGCUGCUGGCCACAGAGAAGCUGGGCGAGGGCGCCAAGGACGUCGUGGAGAUCGCCGUGCCCGAGAACCUCGUCGGUGCCAUCUUGGGCAAGGGCGGCAAGACGCUAGUGGAAUACCAGGAACUGACCGGCGCCCGGAUCCAGAUCUCCAAAAAGGGCGAGUUCAUCCCGGGAACCCGGAACCGCAAGGUCACCAUCACCGGAUCGCCAGCGGCGACGCAGGCUGCCCAGUAUCUCAUCAGCCAGCGAAUCACGUACGAGCAAGGAGUCCGCGCCACCAACCCCCAGAAGGUGGGCUAAACGGGAGGAUGGAGAGAAUAAAGGAGGAAUAACGAAGCAAGGGCUGAGAGAGGAGAGUGGAGAAAGAGAGAGAGAGAGAGCAAGAGAGAGAGAAAGGAAGGAAUCAUCCACACGUUUAUUCGUGUCUGUCAGUAUUUCAAAACGAAUGAUGGGAAACAAAGUCAACUCAGAGAGAAGAUAAAAAAAAAUGAUCAUGUCGAAAACCAAGAAAAAAAAAUGUGUACAAUGUAAAUAUUGGUUUUAUUUCGUAAGUCUUGAUCUUUGGGAUUUUUUAGUAUUCUACAUGUUUUUUUUUGUUUUGUUUUGUUUUGUUUUUGUCUUUUGUUUUGGUUUCUUGUUUUUGUUUAGUUUUGUCCGUGCGCGUUUCUCAGGACAGCGGUGAAUGGCAUUUAAACUGGCAUGUUGCCUCACUGCAGGUCCUGAGAGGAACAGGUAGAGGGGUGGUUGUGGUGGGGGUGGGGGGGGUGCUCUCUAGAACCCUCCCCCACCUCCCCUCUAGACCCAGGUCCUCUCUAGCUGACAGAUUUCUUUUUUGUUUUUGUUUUUUACAAUUGAUAUUUUUGCCUUCAGCUCCAAUUCUUCCCAAUUAGCCUGUGCCCCCCCCCUCUCCCCAAGCAAACAAACAUAAAAGAAAAGAAGAUAUCAGCCCCUCUUUUUGUGGGAUAGAUGAGAUCGCAGACAAGCCCUCUGAGGAAUUAAAAAAAAAAACAACACACCUGUAGGCUAUGACCUCACCACCCCACCCACCCCUACUCACACAUACACACACACACUUAUGCCCCUGUCCACCCGCCCUGCCCCGUGCUACUCCUAAACACACACACACACACACACACACACUCUCUUAGCCACGCCCUCUCGGUUCUAGGCUGAGGAUUGUUGGGGUGGGUGUCAGGUGCACCAGAGAGAGGGGAGUUGCAUAGAGAGGCUGCUCCCAAAGCCCUACCCCUCGUAAGGGUCUCUCUCUCUCUCUCUUUCUCUCUCUCUCUAUCUCACUCUCUCUCUCUCUCUUUCUCUCCCACUUCCCCACAUGGUUCCAAUUUGACCAGGUGCAUGUUGUCGUUUGUCUGUUCUCUCUCUCUCUCUCUCUCUCUCUCUCUCUCUCUCUCUCUGUUGUGGUUGCAUUAAGACCCUGGCAGAGCUUUGCUUGGGGAUGCACGACUGCUGAUGAGCAGGAGAUGCACCUUGUUGGGUCAGAAUCUAAACGUAGCACCAGAGCACAUCGAGAUUGUGGCAUAUUCUCUACAGGGUCUUGCAGUCUGGCAUAAGGGAUAUUACUAUUGUUAAUAUUAUGAUUAUUAUUAUCAUUAUUCUGAUUAUAUCAUCAUCACAAAUGAUCAUCGCCAUCAACAUUAUUUAUUAAUAUGAUUUCACCCAUAAGGACUGAAUUAUUAUCAUUUUAUUCUUAAUCUGUGAAUUCAGGUUGACAUGAAUGUAAAGACAAUAUUUUUUAAUUUAGUUUUUUUUUUUUUUUUUAUUUAAGUGGAUUAUAUAGUGUGUGUCAUAGUGUAAUAUAUGUCUUAUUUAAGUCCAGUGAAACGUGCACUGUUGGCACCCGUGAGUCGAAAACAAAAAAGCAGAGGCCAGCACUGGCAUCCAUUGUGGCAUCAAGACAUUACAGAGGAAGAGGACAAACACACACACACACACACACACACACACAUAAACACACAGACAAAAGAAGCUAUUGAACAUCGAGUAUUGGUGCUCAAAAGGGAAAAGCGCCAUGUCUCGACUAGAUAUAGGGAUGGAAAAGGCUUAAUUUGCAUCUGCAGAAUGAGAAUAUCGAUCAUAUCACAGGCAUCAGUGCAGUCUCUGUAUGCACCGUUACAGUAAUUGAUUGCACCAGAACAAAAUGAAAUGCAAUAUCCUUUCAACUUCAGCUCCCCAGGUUUUUCUUUUUUUGUAUUUUUCAUUUGUCUCAAUUUUCUGAAACCCAACUCCGAUCUCCUGCAGGAUAGGUCUGCCCACACUAAGUGGAAGUAGACAUACUUUUUAUAUCUCUCAGUAAACUUGGAAAUGAAGCACUUAAGGCUGAACAUUGUUACUUCCUUAAGGACCAGUGCUACUGCAAAGAGCGAGCGGAACGAGCAGAGAUCAAAUGUGUUAACGGCCAGGCCCUUGCAGCUUUCCCUUUCCUCGGUGGUAGAGAGAGUAGUGCGUAGUCCAAAGCUGCAUCAUCUCCAACUUAAACAUCAUAUCAGACUCGGAGAGCAAGCACCCAGCCCUUUGGCACUAGCUGUAGGAACAUGUAGGGUCCUCUGCAUCCAAUGAAAGAUGCUUUUCUGAGCAGAGACCCCUCCCACACACAACAUGCACAUGCUGCUGAACCUCCUUUCUCUUUUAAGUUUCUGUUGUUAUUAUUUUGUUUAUUUGUUUUAUCUUUUUUUUUUUUUUUUUUUACUAUCGGAGUACACUGAAGUUCGUCUUAAUGCACUGUGAACUAUGGGUGCCGUUUAUUCGGGCCAAAAAAAAAAACUGAAAUAAAGAAGUAAAAAUAAGGGCAGGGUCUCGUGCCAUAUCGAAGACUUUUUGGCCAAACUGAUCAAAGGGAAUGUACCCAUGGCGAUGGGGGAAAUCGGGCAGAGACUGUAGAUGGCGGAGGUGAAUCUCGUGUCCCAGCGGUCCAGUACGAGAGGACACGCGAGAAAGAGAGGUGGAAUGUUUACGUCGCAGUCGGGGCCAGCCAAUGGUAGUCACGGGUUUUGGCUGCAGAACAACAGGGACACGUUUGAGAGGAUUGUCAUCCAGGUUCCUAGGAUAAUAGCAUCAAUAUGUUUUCCCUUUUGUUGGUUUGUCUGUUUGUUUGUUUUGCCCUUCAUAGUUGAGAACAUUAUCAGCCAGCUUAUAACCACAAAUCAUUAUCCUGGAAGUUCAUCUUUGAAAGGAUAGAGAUUGAAAGGCACUUUCUCAGCUCAGAUUCAAACACGUACAGUAAACUUUGCUUGUGCGAGAGAAAGUGUCAGGUCUCUUCUUGUCUUGAUAUUAAUGUUUCUCUUCAACAACACAUGCAGAUAGAGUGUCUGUUGACGUAUGUGAAUGCCGCCCUUUUUGCCCAACUCAGCUAAGCCAAACAGUCCGACCCCAGCAAGUCCCCUUUUAGUCUCUCAAACGCUGAGAUCUAUUCUGACAUGUCCUGCUGAACAAAAAGCAAAAAAACGACGACAACAAAAAACAAAAAGUAAAAAGUCACCCUAGAUUACGAGUGAUGGACCAGACAAAGGCAACAGCGUUCUUGUCCCCCGUUCUCUCUGACCUAACUGCUUAUGCAGCUGGGUGCGGUGCCUAUCCAGUCGAUUUUUUUGUCCCACUGGAAUUCCACGGUGACCGUUUAUCAAGGGGGAAAACAGCAAUUGAAUCUGACAUGGUGUUGUCUCUCUCCACAAUGAUUUCUUUUUGACAAAGCUAUGAAUCCCUCUUGUCACCACUGCCUAUGGGAGCGGCCAGUGAGUGUAUAUCUCAACAGAUUUGGUAAGGAGGCUUAUUUCUUCCCAUCUACUGCCAUUCACCUCCCCCUCACCACUCCCCUCCCCUCCCCUCCCCAACCAACCACCACACACACACACUUCAGUCCUUUUCUGUACCUCUGUGCACGCCCCCAUUCUGACGCAUCAACCCCCGAGAUACCCUCGCUCUCAUAUCUCCGUAUGGGUGAGGAUGUCUGGUGUCACAAUGCAUGACCGCUUGCCCACCCACAAAUCAACAAUGAUACCAGAGAAGGCAGAGCCCAAACGAGGGUCUUCUGGGAAAUGCAGUUUGUAGACGCCAGGAGGGGAGAGGACUUGAUUAGGCAGAGGCUGACAUUGUGAAAGACAGAAGAUUCCCCCGUUGCUUGAUGAAUAGUUUGGCAGACAGGAUUGGACAGAGUGGGUCGGUCUAACAAACUGGCAGCAUGCGCUUUCCACUCGUUGUGAUACUUACAGGCACACAUGCUUAACAGGAGUUUCUCAGGUUUCGCGCAGGAUACACUGAGAUUUAACGGCAUGCUUCAUGUAGUUGACAUGUUUAAGAAAUAGUUGAAAGCAUGCCACUUUUAAAAACCUGACUAACAAUGGUCUUUACUUGGCAAUGCGAUUUGGGGUUUGACCUCACUCGUCAGAGAUUUUUAGUUCUUUGGGAAAAAGGUGUAGUUUCAUACGCAAGGACUGUAGACCUCCAUAGCCCUCCUGAAUCAUUUAAAGUCUGUUCACACACACACACACACAUACAAAUUACAUGAAGUACACAUGCACACUAUCCCCUGAGAGAAUGUUUUUAAAUGAAGGAAAAAGGAGGAAAUCUGGUGACAUAUGGAUAACUGGAUAUUACAACUGUGACAUUAAAAUGUGAAAUAAUGUGAUGGUCAGCUAUAGAUUAGGUGCCAACAAAGCGUAGGGAGGGACAGCUUUGUAUUUUUCUAUAUGUGUAGAGCUAAAAGCACCCUGAAGAUGAGAGAAAAUAGGGGCGGCCACUUUUUGUUUUUAAGGGGAGAACGACAGGUGUUGAGUACUGGAAGCAAUAUUCGUAGUAGCAUGUUGUCCUGUCCUGUCUUUUUAUUGCGUCUGUUGUAGGAGCUUUGGAUUACAUAGAUGUUGAAUAGGUUUACAUAUGUACUAUUUUUUAAUUUGUGAAGAUGCUGCUAUUUAAUAAGUGAUGUACUAAAAAUGAAGUAAAAAAAACAUAUCUGACUCAACAUUUAGAAGGAUGUUCUAGUUGCGAGAGGUGUAAUUAAUAUUGCAUACUAAUAAAAGUUAACUGUAAUAGCAAAACUGAUUAACCUGUGCCAAAAUAGCUAUUUACAGACCCUCAACCUGUAAAUGUGUGAUUUAACCAUUAGAUUGAACUAACUUUUGUAAGAAAAUGUGAAAAGUGCCAAACAAACCACAUUUGUAAGUUAAUUAGAAAGGAAUCCCGAGAUAUCGGUCGACUUUUUCAACUAAUAAGAGUAUGAUUAACUUAAUUGCUGUUUAGUUGUAAGUUUUGUUCCCCCCAAGCAAUCAGUUUUAAGUAGAGAGAGGGUAGCCAUCUUGUUAGCCAAACAAUGGCGUUCAGUGCUAGCUAGCAUGAAUGCUAAAGUAACAGGACUGAAGGACUGCCAUGUAGUUAGGUUUGCACGGUUUAAGUCUAAUCAUUUAUCAGCGUUCUUAGUGCAGCGUUUUAUAGUUCUCAAAUUGUAUUUUGUGGAAAUAGAUGUUAUCUUUUUUGCACGUCUAUAUUGCAUGAUCUCACAGUGAUGCGUGAAGAAAACCAACUAAAAAAAAAGGACAAAGACUGAAAAAUCCUACAAAAAAAAGAUGAUUAGGCAGUGUGUGUUGUUCAUUUUCAAGACAAAUCUUUGCAUGCCAACAAGAGUAGAGCGUUUCAAAUUACUUUUAAGAGAUUUUUUUCCAAAACAACUGUUUUUGCUAAGACCAAGCUGGGAGGCGCAUUAAUCCACCUAAUCUAGGCAACACUAAUAGUCGCAUUGUUUCCUGAACACACACAGUGUUGUCAACACAUUACCAUAAUUAGAUAUGAGUGCAACAUUUGAACAAAUAUGAUAAUAACUAAGAUCCAUGUUUUUUUAAGGAAUCGAUUUAUUUGUAUUUCUCUAUAGCUGUUUGUUAACUGUUUGAAGAGAAUGGGUUUGAAACUACUGUUUUCUGAACACUAAAACCCAGAUCUGGAGUGAAUGUGCUCACCUCAGCAUAAGUUUGCAUAUCUCUCUUUCGAUCAUGAUUUUAUACAUUUGCGUGAACAUCAACACCAGCCUGAGGCAUUGUAGGAUGUGGCCCUGGCUGAGCGUCUGUUUUGAUCAUCAGCAUCCCUAUAAGCAUGAUCUAAAGCAUUAUCUUAAUGAUAAUAUGCACUUUAUAUUGCUUUGCCUGACAUGCGUUGAAUUCAAUAGCCCACCUCUCCUCCAUACACACAUACUACUUUUUUUGUUUUUGUUUCUUGUAUCUGUGGGACUCCACAUCCACGGCGGAGUGUUUUGAUGUGUCAGCUGUAGGCUGGAAGGUGCUCUCUGUCGCUGCUCAGCUUGUGUGUUUUUCUAUUUCGAGGCUCCCCUGAGCUUUUCUCAGAGAAAAAAAAGGGGCUUUAGCAUUUGGUUCAUGUUCUACCCCAGUCAAAUGGGAGAGCUUUUUUUGGGGUCACCCUCCACAAGCUAAAAAAAAAUGGCAUGUUGGGAGGCAGAAGACGACCAAAAAAAUACACACUUGGUGUGAAUCCAUUGUUUUCUCCUGGUUGCUCUCAGUGCAGUGAAAUGUAAUGAAACACUGUCUUUGUUUAGUGCAGAGCGAUUGGCACUAAAAUCUAAUUGGCGGUUUUAAGUGAUCACAGGCCGCAGGAAACCCAAAACAGCUCGCAUGCCAUAAACACCGCUGUAAAAACUUCACAAAGCUGACCAGUAACGAGAGCAUUAUUGUUCUGGGGGAGUUCGGUUUGUUUUGUCUCGUUAUUUGGAUACCCCCCGCACCUUGUUGACAAUUUUCAUCAUUUCUGUGUUUGUUUAAACUCACAAACGUGGGGGUAAAUGUGCCAAAACAAGGCGAGAGCCACUGUUAUUGUUUAUAUAUAUCAUUUGUUUGUUUUUCCACUUCUUCCACGUUGUGUCUGAUGCAGUUGCCUGAGCUUCAUAGAGAUGCAUAUGUUUAACAAGUGGAGAGGGGAGAGGUGGACAAAGCAUUAAAUCGUACAAAAAAAGUCUUUCUUGAUUAGAAACUAUUGAGUUUCUUGUUGUUCACUCAGCUGGUGAAGUUCCCAUGGCGUGGUUCUGUUGUCUUUCUUUAAACGUCAGGCUGGAAGAUGGGAGCCUGUGACAUCAUAUCCAUGCCUGGCAAUCUAGCAGGUGUCAGUUGCGUUGUUGUUUUUGUUUUUUUCUGUGUGUGCAUGCGUAUGCCUGUGUGCGUGUGUGUGCGCGCGUGAGUGCGACUUUGAUGAGGGAUGCAAACUUAUGGUUGUAGUCAGGAGUGGGAGUUGUCAUUGCUUUUCUGUGGGUAUGCAACAGGGGAGCCACACUCCUCCGAAACCACC